AUGUCAAGCCAGCCGGUCAUUCGCCUGCGGAGGUUCCAGGAGGAGGGCACUCCAGUGGGAGAGCUCAAGACCACCGUGGAGGAGCUGAAUCGAACCUUCCCUUGCAAGCAAGGCGGCCGGGUCUUCGCAUGUUGGGGGCAUGCAGGGACUGGAAACCUUGUGGCCUUCCUCGAUAUGUUCACGGAGACGGAGCCCAGCGAGGCCGAUGUUGAGAAUGACGCCAGCCUUGGCCAGAUCUUCUCUUCGCCGACCUCGGAAGAGGUGUUUCUCCCUCCCAGCCUCUGCCCCACGUCGCCGCCCCCCUCGAUGUUCCUCUCGACGAAGGAUGCUUGCUAUCAGGCGCCACAGCUCGAACUUUCCGACUGGUCCACAGCUCUGUUCGUGGUCGCGACAAGCCGCGUGCACGAUGGAUGCCUUGAGCCACUGAUGGAGCUUGAAGAGCAGUUCUACAACCAACUGCAGGAGAAGGAGACACGGGGAAACGUGUUCUAUCGGUGGCACUUUUCCUCUGACCUCCAAACUCAGAAGGUAACUGAGCUCUACAGAGACUUCGAAGGCUUUGCAACACAUAUGCAAGCCUGCCACGACCUGUUCAUCGCCGCGGAGAGCCUGCGCACGUGCCUGUCAGUGGAAGUUUUCGGCAACAGUGACACCCUUCAACGCAUGGAGAGAUGGGGGCUGCCCAUUCGCAAGUACUGCGCUCGCGAUGUCUGCGUGAGUCGGAUGUAA